UUGCCUAUUGCUGGAACACGGACCGGACAGCUGUCGGAUUGUGUCAGUACUCCGGGCUAUUUUCUAUUUUCCCACCUACAACCCAUGUCGAGUGACCGGUCUGUCCUGGAGGGCACGGGAGGAGCUAUGAACGGCACCCUGCGCUCGGUUCGGAAGGGCAUCUCAUGUCGGUUCCAGGACCCAAACUGCACGCGCAUCGUGGAGACGCUUUCCUCCUUGAAUGACACCGUGGUCAAUGAGUACCGGCUGGUGGAUCUGCCUUCUGUCACCUCUAUGGCCAUGGUGCAGGAAGCCUCUCGCCACCCCUUCCCAACUGUGGAUGUACCUGACCAUGUCCAUUACACUAUAGGGGUAGUCAUUCUGGCUAUAGGCAUCACCGGCAUGGUGGGCAACUUCUUGGUUAUCUAUGCCUUCAGCAGGUAAGGGACAGGAAAUGUGGAGUUGAUGCUGAGGAGCAGGUCACUGAGGACUCCGGCCAACAUGUUCAUCAUUAACCUGGCCAUCACUGACCUCCUGAUGUGCCUCACACAGGCACCCAUCUUCUUCACCACCUCCAUGCAUAAAAGAUGGAUCUUCGGGGAGAAAGGCUGUGAGCUAUAUGCGUUCUGUGGGGCUUUAUUUGGGAUCUGCUCUAUGAUCACUCUGAUGGUGAUAGCAGUGGACCGCUACUUUGUGAUUACACGUCCACUGGCCUCCAUCGGGGUGCUGUCCAAGAAACGAGCCCAGCUCAUCCUCAUGGCUGCCUGGAUCUAUUCAUUGGGAUGGAGCCUGCCCCCUUUCUUUGGCUGGAGCGCCUAUGUUCCAGAGGGCCUGUUGACCUCCUGUUCAUGGGACUAUGUGACCUUUACCCCAUCAGUGCGUGCCUACACCAUGCUGCUCUUCACCUUUGUCUUCUUCAUCCCCCUCAUCGUCAUCAUGUACUGCUACUUCUUCAUCUUCAGAGCCAUACGUACAACUAACAGGGCUGUAACCAAGAUCAAUUGCAAUGGGAGCACCAGAGACUCAAUUAAGAGUUUCCGUCGGCUGAAGAAUGAAUGGAAGAUGGCUAAGAUUGCUCUGAUAGUUAUCCUCCUCUACGUAAUCUCUUGGUCCCCAUACUCUGUUGUGGCCCUGACUGCAUUUGCAGGGUAUGCAGAUUUUCUGACCCCAUACAUGAACUCAGUUCCUGCUGUGAUCGCCAAGGCUUCAGCCAUUCACAACCCCAUCAUCUAUGCCAUCACCCACCCCAAGUACAGGAUGGCCAUAGCCAAGUACAUCCCAUGUCUGGGUGUGUUGCUGUGUGUACGUAGACGUGACCUGCGCUCCACCGACAGCAGCUUCAUGUCCACCAGACGCUCCACUGUCACCAGCCAGACCUCCGACAUCAGCGAUCGCUUACGCCGCACCAGCACCGUCAAGUCCCGCCUCUCCUCCGCCUCCGACAGCGAAUCGGGCUGGACAGAUACUGAGGCUGACCUCUCCAGUAUGGGCUCCAGGCCGGCUAGCCGCCAGUUGUCCUGUGAUAUCAGCAAGGACACAACCGAGCUACCAGCCCUCAAGCCUUACAGCUCCUCCAGCUUCAACUCCAAGAUGAAGAGCAACGACUCUGGCAUUUUUGAGAAGGCUGGUGAUUCGUCAGAAGCCAUCGUAAUGAGAGGAAUGAUUGGCCAGAUUCCCAGCAUCGUCAUCACCUCCGAGACCAGCCCUUUCUUACCUGUCCUUAGGGCCAGUUCCCGUGGAUCCCGUACAAGGCCAUCCAAUGGCAGUAUAGAUGUGGGGUCUGUUAUUAAGGAGCCACAGGAGAGUGUCCAGCAGAGGUCAACACUUCCCAGUGAUGCCUCUACACCACUUAUCUGAUCACAACCACAGUACAUGAUAAAUUAUAAUAAAUGCCAGGGUCUGUACUCAACAUGAAACUUUUCUACAAGUCAAGUUAACCCCCAUGUGAAUACUCUUGCUGUACGUUCUUUACUGAAAAGGUUUUGUUUUGUUGCUUUGUUAAUGUGGUACAACCAGGGCCGGCUCCAAGCAUGCGACGUAAGCGGUCGCUUUGGGGCUCCAGCCGCCAUGGGGCCCCCGAACCAGGAACUAAUUUCAGGUCUCGAACAUACUGUUCUCUACACCACUUUGCAAAAUGUCAGGGAAAUGUACCAUAAAACUGAAUCAAUGUACUCCGCCAUCAACAGGGAGGCCACAGAGAGGGGGGCGCUGGGUACCAGACAAAUUACAGAAAUGGGAUUGGUUGCGUUGUCUGCUAAGCUUUCACCUGGUCCUCUUGAGUGAGCUACAAUCGUAAGGAAGUCUGUAAAAUCAGACAGCAGCCCAACUGUUUCAAACCCAUUUCAAACAUUUCCCCUAGCCCAGGUCCCCUCAUCUAAGAUCUGCUAAAGGCUGAAACCGAUUAAGUAUAACUAUUGUGUGAAGUAAUGCAGACAUGACUAAAAGAGGCUGAGCUGGAAAUGGCUAUCUGAGGGAUCUAUCGUAGCUGGGAGAUGCUGGAAAUGUCAGGCUGUCUAGGGCAGGGGUUCUCAAACCUCUCACCGGGGACCCCCAGCUGUUCAAUGUAUUUGAACUAUUCCACAGCUUGCACACCUGAUUCAAAUAGUAAAUUAAUCAUCAAGCCCUUGACUAUGUGAAUCUGGUGAGUUACAGUAGUUCAGGGUUACAACAAAAUUGUGAAGAGUCUGGUGUUCCCCUGGGGAGAGGUUGGAGAACCACUGGUCCAGGGUAUUGAUUGAAGUCCUUAAUGUGGGUCUAGGCUGUAGUCAGCCCAGAUUCUUUCUCGAGGCCCCAUGGCCUGUGUGACAGGAUCUGGGCUGACUACAGCCUGGACCCACAUUAAGGACUUCAAUCAAUACCCUGGCCUUAAAUGUCUUGAGCAUUAGAAUGUGUAGGACGCUGCACAAUAAAUCCACCACUCAGGGCUGAAUUCGAUAGAACCUGCAAUUUGAUUGAGCAAGACAAAUUCCUUCUGGAUGGUAAUACAGUAUUCUAUUGUUGUAUUUACGCAGUAUAGCUCUUUUCCCCAUAGACAAAUAAAAUCACUGAAUGGUUUUUAACUAUUGUAGAUGCGUCCAGUUUACAGAAUAAGAAGUGGUUGGUCCAUGGGCAGACACUGCAAUAACAUUAUCUAUGGCGGAUUUGAAUUCCAGCCUCAGUUUCUCAUCCGUUCCUCUGACUUCAAUCACCAGACUAGUGUUAACUGAUACUACUGUGUUUUGAUGGAACCAAAUAGACUGACAGGCUACAGGACACAAUGGUUGAGAGUGAUUGAUAACACUUGUAAUGAGAACACAAGAAGUGGUAUUCAUAUGUACAGGUAAACAGUCCAUGUGCAUCUGUUGAGUGUCUGGUCUCCUAUUUAUUAUGGUCUCCUGCUUUUUAGAUUAUGCUUGUAAUAACGCAGUGUAAAAUUGAAUUUGCUUUGUAAGAAGCUACAUUUAUUACCAGUAAGUAUUGAAUUGAAACAUUUUCAAUAUUUUCAAAAGAUUUCCACAGUAAGAUAAUCAUACGUAUUUAUAUUUCUGUACCGCGGGGGUCUUUGUGAUUGUAAUUCAUGGGAGAAUCGGUAUCAGACAAUUCAUUAUGGAGCUAAGUGCUCUAAUGGAACAGUUGAAAUAACGGAUGAUGGAUCCAAUAUUCCCUGUGCUUGUAUGGGUGGGCAAAAGGGAUAUUAUUGUUGAUUAUACCUCAGCUGUUAAAUAGCUUACACUAAAAUGGGUCUGUAGUGAGUUUCAAUACAGAGCACAACUAUAAUACAUGUGACUAUAAUGAUAUUAUAGAAUAUGAAAGAUUUCACCAUAGUCUAUAAUAGCUCAGAAACAUAAAACAUAAAAUAUUGAGCGAAGUGCAAGAGGUGUUUGUUUUGUUUUCCAAUUUGGAAUGGUCGAAUGCGAACAGAAAAUGACCCCCCCAGUGUUUGCAAUUUAUCUGCCUGUAUGAGCAGAUAAAACACCCUGUACCUCAGUGAGAUACAGGAUGUUUCCCACUGAGCCUUGUCCCCAGGAAGUGGGAAAAACACUUCCUGCUGAUUGAUACAUCAGAGUAAAUACACCCUUGAUUGCCCAUAAAAUUACUCCUUGGCAAUUGCAUUGGCGCUCAAUCAUGAAAUUCUGUUUGUCAGAUCUUGUAUGCUUGGUUAUGUUUUACUGGCAACUCAGUGGGCAGUGGCAUCCAUUUACUGUUUUGGGAAAGGGAAACUGUCCUACAUGGUGACCCACCAUUCUGAGGUGUGAAAUGUAUUAUUUCACUUACUACAUGCUAGCUAAUAUGAUUAAGCACCACAGUGAGGUGGAAAUAGUGUUCCCAGUGGCCAGGUUUCCAUCUAAUUGGUAACAGAUGUUCAUGCAAAUAUAAAAAAAUCCACAUAAAGAAAAUUUGCAUUUCUUUUUUUCAUCAGUGGAGUGUUUCUAGCAAACGGACUUGUUGCUGAUUUAAAAAAAAUCAGCAUGUGAUGAGGUAGUGCACAAAAAAAUCAUUUUUUGCUUAAGUUUUCAUAUACCGAAUCAAAAUCCAAAGUUCAAUGUGUUUCCAUCGCAGAUGAAUAUGGAUACUUUUUAUUUGUCAAACGGCAGUCAAGCAUCGAUCAUCAUAUCACCCGAAUAAGACCCUCUUAAUUUAUUGGAAAGGCGUUUGAAGUUAAUCAGAAUUUAUUUAAUCGGUAGCCUAAUAAAACUGCAUGGUUUCCCGAGUCGAAGUGGGAGGACCAUACACCAUAUGGCAUGACUCCAAGUUUACUCCGAUAUGAUGGCGUUUUCUCCGCCAUGUCUAGCAUAAUUAGUUUUCCCGACACAAAACGAUCCCACCAUGUCGAACAAACAAAUGAUCUGUCAACAUUUAUACAAUUUUAUCAAAACUUCCUAAUUACAUCACAGGCUCACAACUGUAGUGAUUUAUUUUAUAUUGUAUGACUUUACUCGCAUAAAAACUGGAUGGAAACGUGGUUAGUGAUUCACAACUUCGCAUGGCCAGAAAAGUAGACAGAGAGACUUGGGAGUUCAGCUUCAUUCCAGAUGGGAAAGGUUUGAAAGGUUGAUUCAAAAGCGUAACUUCAACUUUAACCUAACGGUGAAAACUCAUUUUCACCCCCUGCUCUCAGUAUCUCAGAGGUGAAAGUGUUUCUAAAAUAGAUUCAAUUGCAGUAUGUUUUCCAAAUAAAUGUUAUUCAGUCUUAUCAAAUGGCAAGUUGCAAUCUAUUUUGUUGUUCUGUAGUAUAAUGGUGUUGAGCUUAUAUCCCGUUUUAAUUCUACAUUUGUUUGUGUGUUUGCAUUAUUGACAAGCAUCUAUCUUACAGGAAAAGGACGAUAUGUUUAGAAAUAUGAAAAAUAAUUUAUUGUAGAUUUGUUACUUUGCCUAUAGUAUGUCCAAUCAGUGUUAUUUUUCUAAAUAAAUACAUUUUACUCAAUGUAUCCUUCACCUUGUGAUG